CAGUCAUGGAAAUCAUGACUCAGCGGAUUUUGGCACUUAGGGUAUACCCAGUCUAUUUAUCAUGACUCAAUGCCUUUAAGUAAAGUCAGGCAAUUUAAGUGAUUCGUGUUGAGAACUGAAAUUUCCUAUCAAUUUCUUUUAUUAUCACGGGCAUAUUUAGAAAGCAGAAACGUAUCUCAUCGCAACAUUAAAAGUCUAGAGGAAAAUGAAGCCAGAGUAUUCGCAGAAAAACUCUAUAGCACAAACCCGGUACUAUAGACUGAUGCAAUGGUCAGGAAGCAGUGUAUGAGAAGGGAAAGGACAGAGGACCCUUCACGAUUCCCACACAAAUAAAUGUCUUUAAGAUUAGACUCCGAUAGCAUUUUUGAAGACUAAAUUAUGGAUACUCUGGCACCCAGGGUAGGGUUAGUGCUUCUUUCGAAGUAAAUGUGUUUAUUUCAUUUGCAGAUAGAUUUUUCGUUCUGGAAUUAAACACGACCUCGUGGAGGUACAGGAGGAUAGCUGUUUUCUAUGAAGCUCGAAAAUACCAGAGAUUACAACCUCCCCGUUAAGUGACUAUAUAUCAUGCAGAUUUGAGAGAAACCAAACUAAUCUACCAAUGAUGGGUUUGCAUGUGGAGUAACGACUCGCUGAAAGAUACCAAAAUCAGACAACAAUUAUCAAGGUCAUAGGAAGCAAUUUUUGGUAUAAUCUGAAUUUUGAUUUUGAUUCUAAUAAACCUGAUUCAGAGGUGACACUUAAUAAAAACUAGCAUUUUCUAAAAUAUAUCGAGAUUUGACGAGUUUAUUCAUGAGGGAUAGCUGCAAUCCCGGACAAAACUGGUGAGACAAUAUGCUAUUUUUGCAAUUUUCUACUUUACGUUGCCCCUGUAAAUGGAACUUUCAGAAGAAGGAGAGAUUUCGUUAUUUCCUAGCAGAAGUUCUCCAAGUCUCCAAAAUUCCUCACAACUUUAAGAGCCUCGCAUAUUUUUUAGAAAUUGAAAACCUAUCACGUAAUCAGACCGUUGAUUCUAAUAGUGGUUUGGGCGCGAACGUAGGAUCUCAAGAAACGUCUUGUCAAGGCUUUUUGAAACGUUUUUGUUUUCAAAUAAUGAGGCUUUGAGAUGUUGCCUUGUUUUGGCAUAUGAAAGUAAAUAAUAGUUUAAUCCGAACUUUGGUUAUCCGAACUUCUGCUAUCCAAACUUCGGUUUAAGAUCUUCAGUUAUCCGAACUAAAGUUAUCUGAACUUCAGCUAUUCAAAUUUCGGUUAUUGGAACUGCGGUUGUCGGAACGUUCAGUUAUCCGAGCUUCGAUUAUCCGAACUUUGGUCAUAUGAACCUUAUUUGUCCGAACACUAAUUAUCCUAACUUCAAAUAACCGAACUUGACCAAGGAAUUUUUUUGUUAUCCGAACAUAUUAUCGAUUAUUCACAAUUUUUUUACAUUGAUUCGUGCAAUUUUUUUCCUACGCCACCUGACAAACUGAUCAAAAGGAAAUGAAAUGAAAUGACCACUGUGAUAAAUUGAAUAUAUUUACUUCCAUUCAAUCGAUCUAUAAUUUAUUCUAAUUUUCAUGCUUUCUUUUUUUUGAUUCAUUGAGGUUAAUAUCUGCUAUAUUCCACUUUCUCACAUUUGGCAUAUCCGACCGGAGACGAGGAAAAUCGAAUCCGCUGCGUCCGGACUAACGAGCGUGCACAGUACGAACAACAUUGAUCACCGGAAGAAAUACGCUAAUCAAAAGAUGAUCCAGCUGAAAUUUUAAGCUACCUUUACAAGCCUGUCAAUAACAAAAACUCCUCCUUGUCGUCAUUGGAACAUCGAAAUUAAGGUUAUGACAUCACCAGCUUGAGUUUGUUGGCCUAAAUGCGUUCAGACAGCAACUGCUAGCGCGUAUCUGAAUACGUCAUAUGACAACCUAUGGCGAGUCAUUUUAUCCCGAAGAAACUUUACUUGAUAAUUAAAAUCAGAUAGCGUCAACAUCGUGUUAAAGAUAGCAAUCAAGGCGUUUGUUUUGAUCACGUGCGAAAAGAUGUUUACUUUGCAUUGUUGUGCUAAUGGUCACCUCUUGUUAUAAGAAAACCAGAUUGCAAUAGCAGUUAACGCUGGUGGAUACUUUUUCAUGUGCGGUAUAUCAACUCGUCAAGCUGAAGAUCAGUUUAGCUGAAAUUUAUAAAGAAUAUGUCAAUAGUUUCAUAUUAACUGACGAAAUGGAUUUCAAGAACUAUUACAUUGUGGCAGCAUGUCUGUUAGGCUGCUCCAUAGUGCUGAAUACGUAUGGAAUAAGACUGUUCUGUAAACGUGGUGGACGAAUGAAGACCCAGGGUAUCUUGUUGGUGAAUUUAAGUCUGACUGAAAUAACUGGUGCAGUACUAUGGCUACUUCGAGAUACAGUUCUUUUGAUCAGCCAGAAUGCAGCUGCUUUGCAUGCAUUUGGAAUUCUGAUGAUAUGCCUCAUUAAUGUUAGAAUUAUAUGGUAUAUAGCAAUGUUUUCAAUCUUGUUUGAUCGAUUUGUGGCAUGCAAUUUUCCUUUGAAACACAUGAUAUUGAUGGAAAAAAGCAGAACGAAAAAAGUAUUGGUUGUUCUGUGGAUAAUAUUUCUGACAUCGUCAGUCGUAUUUUCAAUCUUGGACAUAAAGUACUUCAAAAUCGUGUUCACGAGAGAGCUAUUCAUGGCUUUCGCUGGGCUCUUUGUUGUAUUCUUCUUCAUAACGUAUGCAUCGAUUUUGCAUAGACUUGCGAGAGGGCGCCCAAAUGGCAGUCGAAGACGAGUUGAAAACAGCCAGUUCAUCCGUGUCACCUCCAUGAUACUUUUGACAUUUGUCCUAUUCGAAAUUGUCCCAAGUGUCAUAGGAUAUAUCAAUAAGGGACCCUUGCCGAGUUCUGAUUUCUUACAUGCUACUGCACUGCUUACCGAUCCGAUCAUCUACAUUUUGUUUCAACGGGAUUUAAGGGCUGCUGUGGCAAAAACCUUUCGCUUGUCACUGAAGAAGAAUGACAGAGCUAAUGCCAACAUCAAUUCUGCCACCGAAACUCGUAGCAGUGGUACACCAUGCCAAAACAGAGAUCGAGUAACAACGCCAACAAGUCCGUUGACAGGGAAGAGUGCCCUCUGUCAAGGACCAGCCAAAAAAAGAAAAAAUUCAUCAUCUUUGGCAUGCGAGUCGGGGAUCUUUGAAGAAAGUACCUUUAAUUCUUUGCAAGACAAACAUGAUUCAACCACUGUGGAGGUCGAAAUAACAAAUGAUGCAUCGAUGGAUCGACAUGAACAAAAUUGCCACCGAAUAAGAUCUGCAGCCCCUGGAUUAGGGAGAGUGAAUCCCGUGCUUGAAGAAAACGAGGAAGAGGAGAUGGAGAAGGGAAAAAAGGGGCAAAAUUCCAGCCCAACAUAUCAGCCUGAAAAAAUCCUAUCUGCAAAUGUCAAAGCAGAAGCAACUUUACAGAAAGAUACCACUGGAUCAGCUUUCACAAUCAGCCCUACAGAUAACUACAAGCCUGGUUCUCCAUCACCAAGACUUUUGGGCAUUUUACGUACGAAUUCUGAAGAAAGCGACUCUUAUACACCUAACCAAGAAAGUGCUAUCGACCCAACAACGGAAGCCAUACAUCAGAAGGGAAAUCACAAAAAGGUGAACAAAAUGCUCCUUCGCAGGCUUCUUUUUUGGAAAGAGCAUCAGGAGGUUGAGCUUCAACCCGCAGAACAGAUAGUCAACAUAUGUGAAGGAAAGUACCACAUGAAUAUUUUCUCUUCGCAGGAAUCAGUAGAUUCAAUAGACUUUUCAUCUCCCUGCCAUAAACCGAGAGAACGAGCUGACACUCAAGAUACUGAUAUCACAGAAGGGAGCGUAGAACCUGGGAUGCAGAUAUGAACAGAAAUAUGCAGUGAACGUCUCUGCUCGAGAGCUAGGCCUCUUAAUUGGGUGUCCGUCUUGCCUUAACUGGGCACAGAGUCAGUAAAUAUCAACUUUGUUUCAAGAGCGCAAAGUAUUUUUUGUGCCCGUAGAAUUUUUUCUGCCGCUUACACUUGCGCGGGAACAAAUAUUCUCGCAAAAUAGCAGGUAAAGAGCUGCGGGAAUUUUUUUAAUUGCAUUUUUAUGCCUCGUGUUGAGGCUGUGCGCCGGGUUCACACUGAAGCCCGUGCUGCAACUGCGUGGAAUAAUCUAAAACUGCAAAAAUGCGCGGAGGGGAUUUGAGGAAGAAAUUACAUGCGCAUAUCCAAACUUUGCAGUCUGGCUCUGUUUAAAGCCACACAGAUUGUCUGUCACAAAACUGAGGCCUUGCUUGUGACAACACCCUUGAAAAACUCUGGAAACGUUGAAAAAUGCUAUUUGCGAUCAUGCAAGAACAUUAUAUUGCACUAGUUAGCUGAUCUUAUAUGUACAUAGAAUUCUUUGCUUAAACUGUAAUUGUAGUUGAAAAGUUGACAGCUGUAAAAAUAUGAAUCUCCCUGGUUAAAUCUUUCAAAAACCGCAACGAAGGAGACGCUCAAAGCUGCCGCUCAACUGUGGUCUGCCUUGUCCCGCUUGAACUUGCUAUUAAAGAGGUAACCCCCGUCCGAUGUUGUUUUGGUUACUUUAGCGUGGGCUGCUCUUGUGAAGAAGCAAGCCAACAUCUGGACAGAAGCUGGAAAAACCUAAUUUUCUGUGCCGAGUUAGCGAGGUUAAUUUUUCAUCUUCGUAUUUGCCAAAAUAGAUCAUAAAAAUUACGAUCCUCACGUUGAAGUUAGUCUGUAACGAAAUUUCAUGUUGCUUAGAUAGUCAGGCUGCAAAUGACGCAGUUUUCAAAAUUUUGGUUUUCCUGUAAAUUUCACCGGAAUUUCGCUGCUGCAGUGAAAACAUUUCUUGCGGGUAAUACUUUCAAAAUAUCUGAAUAUUUAAAACGCAGUUACACGCAAUCGAACAAUUCAAACGACAUGAUAUUUCGGUAUCGACUAAUUUCAACAUGCCGGUUUCAAAUCUGGGACACAUUUUCGACCAAGUUCCGUAGAUAGCAAGAUUGAGCAUCGACUACUUUGUCUUAGAACAGGAAAUUUACAAGAUGAAGUAGGAACCAGAUCAAAUAAGACGCUAUUUGCAUUCUGCUUCUGCUUUCUCACCUAACUCAUAAAAUAUUGUUUUAAUUAUAGUAUCAAACAAAUGUAUCUCGACAUAUUUCCUUUGCAAUAUUCAAAUUAAUUCUGAAACCCAUCAUCUUAUUCACAUAAGUCUUUUAACUUUUCCGUUUGGGUUAAAGACCAAAAACAUUCGAACCAACGGAAUUAAGAGAAAGGCCUACAAACUAAGGAAGAUAAAUGCUUACUAUUAAUUUUUCUUAGUCCAACCAUCCGUUACUUAACUUAUCCGGACUCGGUUUUUACCGCUAAUAUUGAUGGAGCCUCGCCCAUCAUUUAUGAUUGAAAUAGUUUGCUAAAUAAAUAUCCAUGAGGAAUAAUCACUUAAAACAAAGAUGAAAAAUGAAACUUUGUUUUCAUUAAGUGGAUUCUACUUCUUUAAAUGAAAAAUUUAAACAAAUUAAUUCAUUGUUAUGACAAUGUCAUGCCAUAGAAAUCUUGGAAAGUCUGGUCUUGGGGCGUUUCCUGAUACCAAUAGAACUACCUGGAGGUCUCUCAAAGAAAGGCAGUUGGCAAUGUUCCUCUUGCUUUCAAUGAGAUUAAUUGCUCGGUUCUUUUAUUCAGAGUUUAAGGCGUCGUCUAUGAAUGUUAUGAACUUAGAAGCGCGUACCUGAGUAAGCAUUUGUGACGAAAUGUAAAGUAGAUGUAAAUAUUUUAAAUUGAUUGUAUGGGAUUGUAAAUGGGUAAUGGUUUAUCAACAUUAUAUAUGCUUACAAGUAUUUAUAAAAUAUAGUUGACACUUGCGUUUUCUUAAGCAUUUGCUGUCUUCAACCCUUUUCUAUU